CCAGCCGUCACUAGGAGACUGAAGGCAGCGCGCGCGGGGAGCUACAGUACUCAGGACAGCACCAGUAGCCGACCCGUUAUGGUGCCAUGGACAAUUUGGAGGAGGAUUUGACUUGCUCCAUUUGUUAUUCCCUCUUUAACGAUCCACGAGUACUACCCUGCUCCCACACCUUCUGCAAAGCAUGUCUGGACAACGUACUUAAAGUCUCCACCAAUUUCUCCGUCUGGCGUCCACUCCGCCUACCGCUUAAGUGUCCCAAUUGCCGUAACUUGGUGGAACUUCCACCUACCGGCGUGGAAGCGCUACCGAUUAACGUGUGUCUGCGAGCCAUUAUAGAAAAGUACCAGCAUGACAAUGAGCCUCGAGCUCCUUCCUGUCCCGACCACCAUCGUCAGCCUCUGAACGUCUACUGUGUCCAGGAUUGCAAGCUUAUAUGUGGCUUGUGCCUUACCAUCGGACAGCAUCAGGGCCACAAAAUCGAUGAUAUUCACAUGGCGUACGUCAAAGAGCAAAACAGCCGAGCCGAACUAGUCGAACUGCUCACGAACAAACACUGGGAAGAGGUCUGUGACCUGAUGGAGAAGCUAGAACAGGAGAAAUUUCGACACGAAAGUGUUAUAAGGCAGGAACACAAAGCUGUCACGCAGUUCUUUCAGGGCCUGGAGCUCCUCCUUGAGCAAAAGAAAGAGGCAUUCAUGAAAGUUCUGGACGAGGCCAGUGGGCAGCUGGCCUGCACAUAUAACCCACUCAUUGAGAAGCUUAAGGAAAUGAAGGAGGAACAGCUAGAGCUCAUCUCCAGCAUUUCAAGCAUCAGCGAAGAUGAGUCAGACAUCAUUUUCUUAGAGAGGAUGCACCACUUCAGGAAGAGGGUCGAUGCAUUGACCCAGGCAGAGCUGCCUGAAGUCCCCACCCCCAACAUCCCACCUUGCUUAGAGGAGUUCCUCAAGGAACGCUGGUCCAACGUGACGAUCGGAAGCCUGGAAGAUGGUCCAGUUCCAACGAUUUCCUGUCAAGUACAGAAACAUUCCAUCAAAGAGCCACAGCCAGCAAUAUCUCACAAGCGGGCGUUUAAGUUCUUCUUGACUGUCGUGUCUUCAUUAAUAGCGGUGCUGUUUUUUCUGCUUUUCUGGUUAAAUCCACUAAAUGAAGCCUCACCUGUGUUCUCCAAUCUCUCUCAAAUUGGUCAAGCAGUACUAAGUUCAGUCCGUGAAAUUUCUUUACCACUUCAUGACUCCGGAACAUUUCUGUACCGCCUCUUCAACAAUAUAUAUGAUAUAUUUCAGCAUUAGGGAGCGAGCACCCAUUAACACGCGGCCUUUUUAAAAAACAAAAAACAAAAACAUUACAGCUAUGUUAAGUCACCGCGCUGUAGAGUUAACUUGGACAUUUGUGUGCGCGUAAGGCAUGGAGGGGUCGGUUAUGCAUGACUAGACCACUUAAGACUGCCAAGGCUUCAACGAGCCACAACAAGAAGGUAACAUUCCUGUUUAGUGAUAAAAAGGUAAACAGGAAGUUCAGAUUCACCUGAUUUGAGAAUGUUCAUGUUCUUGUUCUUUCAGAGACUAAUAUUUUAAUAACAAUGCUGCUGUUUUGUUUGUACUUUUAAACAUUUUCUACUGAAAUUUUAGUAACUUUUCCGUCAGCAUUUGUGCCCAUUUUUUUCUCUCAUUAGGGCAAUAAUCAUAUCCAUAAAUAUUUUGACAGUUUUACUGUGUCCAACUAUUUUAGAAAUUAAACUACAAGGUGGGUGAAAAAUAUGGAGACUUAAGGGACACCCUGGACAAGGUGCCAAUCCACCACAGGACACACGCACACUUGCACUCUCCGGACAAAUUGGGAACACCAGUUAUCCAAAUCCUAAAGUCUUUGGACUCUGACAGGACACCAGAGUACCUGGAGGAAACCCACCAAGCAUGGGGAGAACAGGCAAAACCCAUGCACAC